AUGGCCUCCCAGCUAGGGCCCCCACAGUCGCCGCCGCCGGCGAAAUACCCUCCACCGGAUGCCACCACGAUUACUGCUAUUGGCGACGACCUCCUCCUCGAGAUCUUCCUCCGCCUCCCCUCCCUCCCGAGCCUCGUCCGCACGGCGUUCGCCUGCCGCACCUUCCUCGACGCUGUCCGUUCAUCCCGUACCUUCCGCCGCCAAUUCUGCACGUUCCACCCGCCCCAACUCCUUGGUUUCUUCAUCAACCACUGCCGCUCAGGCUCGGCCAUCCCUCCCUUUGUCCCCCUCCGCAGCCGAUCCGACCCGGACCUCGCUGCCGUCGUCCGUGGUUCCGAUUUCUUCCUCACGCGCCUCCCAGUAGACAGCAAAGAUUCCUCUCCCGGGUGGUACUUCGAAGGCUGCAACGAUGGCUACCUCGUCCUCGCCAACCAGAGCACCAAACAGAUCGCGGUCUACAACCCCCUCGCACAGGCAUUGAAUCUCUUGCCCCAGGCGCCCGAUGAGAUCUUCCAUAACUACGCUGAUUUCCACAUCGUCUUCCCCAACGAGGACCAGAGGUCUUUCCGUAUGAUCUGUGUCCAACAGCAGCUGCAGGCGCAGGUGUGCGCCACUGUCUUCUCACCGGACACCAGGGAGUGGCAGUGUUUUCCGUGGGUGGGGACCCCCACGCCGCUUCCUGGGUAUGAUGGAGACAACUGCCUCAAUUUUUACCCUGGUACUGUGGUGAAUGGAUUCGUUUAUUGGAAACAUACUAGUCAAGCCUAUGUACUCGUGCUCAACACUGUGACGCUGCAAUUCUCUCGAAUGGAUUUGCCGCCACACUUAAAAGAGAUAGACUAUGCACUAUUUAGUCUUGGUCAGAACAAGGAUGGAGAACUCUGCAUGGUUUGUGCAGACUAUGAUGCCAAGCAAGGAGCACUUAUUGUUUGGUUUUGGAGAGCUGAUGAUGAUGGUGUUGAGAAAUGGAUUCUGAAUGAGGUCUGUCCACUGGAUACAUUUAUUGAUGGCUCUAUGUGUUUAACAAAGGCUCAUGUCACGGUGCAGCUUGUGGCGAUUAUCGAUGGCUUUGUCUACCUAUCUACUCGGUAUUCGCAUACUGAGUGCCUCCUAUGCUUCUGCCUGGAAACAACAGAGUGGAAGAAGCUCGUUGACGAUACAUAUGCCCGUCAUAUCCAUCCCUACAUCAUGGCGUGGCCUCCUUCUUUGGUAUCCAACAAGGAGGAUUCACAAUCCAAAGUUACCGGAGACAGUCUUGCGAAUGAUGGCCCUGUCGGCACACAAGGAACCCCUUCUGUUAUUUUCACAAACCAAACUGGCACCACUUAAUAUGCAGAACUGUCAACCGCGAGCAAUAAGUGCCAACUUUGAUAGGUACAAGAAAAGGACUGAAAGAAGAGCCAAUGACAAAUGUGCAAGGGGAAGUUGUUGAGAGCUUGUUGCCUAUGGCCACUUCUUCGCCAGUUGAACUAGCCUCUUUUAAGAGAUUAUGGUGUAUUUCUUCUAAUGAGUCGAGCUUUUGUUGGUGAAGA